AUGGGAAAAGGUGCAACAAUCGCGAAAGUUGACGAGUACCUUAGGAAACAUGAACCACCAUUAGCAAUCGAGUCUAUGACUGUUCUUGAUACUAUUAGAUUCGGGGGAACUAUCGCAACUGGGUGCCAUGGUGCUAUAACUGAUUCAAGAACACUUGCUGAACAAGUUGUUGGUUUGGAAAUAGUGACUAGCUCGGGUGAAGUACAAAAAUUUGAAUAUGACCCUAACAACCCAGACGAGAUGGAAGCUGCACGUGUCAAUUUGGGACUCUUUGGUGUUAUUUACAAAAUAUCCUUUCUUGUUAAGCCAAUGUACAAACUUCGAAUGAAGGAUACUUACCCCGAAUUAAAAUCUUUUACUGGUGAAAAUAUUAAAGAUUUUGUGAAGAAUCCUAUAGUUGACGGAGUUGAGAUAUUCUAUUGGCCAUUUAAUGAAUCACGCCAUUCAACCGACUCUUCGAAAGACAAACUUUGGAUAAAAGUAUGGGAAAACAUAAUUAACGAUCAACAACCCAGUCUAAAUCAAGAUCAGGUAAAGGCGUUUCGCAGAAAACAGGAAGGUUUUAGUCGCCUUGCCAACGGUUUUUACAAACAUCUUAUAGAUGAUCCAACCAAGACUCCAAAGAUCACACACGGUGCCGGACUGCUUAGGAAAGAAUUUAUAGACGAUAAGAUAAAUAAUCUGGUAUGGGAGGUACCAGAUGCGACCCAUUACCAGGCAGGAAUUGAUAAUAUCCUUUGUCGGGAUUUGGAAUUCGCUAUUAAAGCUGACAAAGACUUCGAAAACAUCAUCACAGAACUGAAUUAUAUUGUCGAUAGAGUAUGUGUUUAUCUAUACCUCGGAGGAAGUUUUCUGCCAUGUUAUUUUAUAGAUUUUAACAUGUUAUUACUCUCAAUAGAUUUAUGA